AUGCGGUCCAAUUUAGAAACGACAAGCAGCAGCACAGGAGCGACGACUUGCUGUUACACGCUAGCCGUGGAUGGCAGUUGGGGCCGCAGGACUGGCAGAAUGGGUGGUGCAACGAUCAUUCGUGGGCCGGAUGGGUCUUGGUACUCAGCGGUGUUAGAAAGCAAGGUGGUCGGGAAUGCGUUUCGAUCGGAGCUAUGGGAAGUAGAGCUUGGCCUUGGCCAUGCCUGGAAUAUUAGAAUACGUUCUUUAGGGUGUACCUCGGAUCGCUUGGAUAUAGUUCAGGUUCUUGGAGAUUCCAGAAGCUUGGACACAUACUGGGAUAGAGAACUAAUUUUGGAGGUCAGGGAAUGGUUGAGGAAUGAUUGGCAAGUUUCUUUCACUCAUGUGCCUCGCGAGAAGAAUAAUGCUGCGGAUUUUCUUGUCAGGAAAGCCUCUAGGGAGGGUUCGUCGUUUCAGAUUUGGGGGCAACCGCCACACGCUAUUUAUGCGUCAUUGUAUUUAGAUGUCGUUGUUUAG